CUUAAAAAUGGAAUUGGAUAUUUUAAGGUCAUCAGAGUCAUUUAGGGAUCCAAGACUUGGCUCCUGGCUUUUCUCAAGAAAGACUGAUGAAUAUGAUGAAGAAGACCCAUUCCCUGAUGGACUUCAGCCUCACGAAUUUUUUGCUAUGUCUAAGCAACACACAGCAAAGGCAUCAAAGCAAGAGUCCAAGUAUAAUAGUAAAAAAUUGAACAAAAAGAAUUCAAAAAAGAAAAUUCUAAACAAGAUUAGUCCCCCCAGAGCGGAAUUUUUAAUGCCAGAAAGCUAUGAUGCUGAACCAAAUUGUAAGGGUGGUUCUGGAAUAAGUGGAUUUACUUUUGUUAAUUUUGUUCUUUCUGCGGCUUCUGUUGCUGCCAACUUAGUAAACAACGCCAACAAUAACAACAACAACAACAACAACAACAACAAUGACAACAAUGACAAUGUAAACAACUUCAAUAUCGGAAACAACAAUAACGCAGCUAACAACCUAAAUACCAUCCAGAUAUGUCCAUUUCCCUGUUUACCAGGCCCCCCUCCUGUAAUAACAAGGAGAAAACGGAAAGCAAGUGUUAUUGGAGAACUGUCCUAUUUAGUAUUACAAGGAAACAGAUCCAGACUUCAUGAUGUCCAACGAAAUGGCAAAAUUGAAUAUUUACCUAGAUCAUCCAACUAUGUAAAUUCAGAAAAGAUAAAGGACGACAUUGCUAUAACAUCGAUGAUUCUUUUAGAAUUUGGAUUUGAAUUGGACAAAGAUCAUUCUCAGUUAUCAAAUUUACUGUGCACUGUUGGAAAACAACUAAAAGAACUGGAUAUCGGAAUGACAGGAAUAAUGAUGGCUGAGAUAAUAAUUCAAAAUGUUUGGAGUUUAUUGACGUCAAUAGAUUUACGAGACAUGACAGAGAGUUUAAACGAGACUGGGAGAAAUAAACAACAGUUAAUUGAUCGAUCUAAAAACGAAUUUCUGUCUGGAUAUCACUUAAAGGCGUGCUAGUAAAAAUAUAGAUGCAUAACUAUG